GCGCCGCCUGUCGCGCACAAGUCGCUGGUGUCUUGGGUGUCUGCCGGACGGGAUGCUGCGCUGCAGUGCGGACAAAAAUUGUGACAUUAGAAGGGGAAGUAAAACGCAGGAGGAUUCGCCUAUUUCACUACAUCUCAGUCCUUUUUAAAACACGCCUUGCCUGAUUUAAGAUUCAGGCGUGAAGGGAGCAUUUUACUGAGGCGGCAGCGUUAAUAUUCAGUAAAAGAGUGAGGUAAUGAUACUGACAUUUAUUAUGUGGCCAGUAGAUUUUUAAAUAUGUAACAGAGAUAUCAAUGAGGAUAAACUUGGUAACUAUUUUAUCUUACCGCAAAAUGUGCGUGGUGCUCAUUAUAGAUUGUAGCUGACAAUAAAAUACAUUUUCCUGAAUUGAUCUGAAUAUGCAUUGUCCAGAUUUGAUAUCUGCACUUGAUAUUUACUAGCAAAUUUGAUUUCUGUUAUUAUGGCAGUCGCUGAUUUUUGUUCCUUAAAAUUACGUUAGACGAAGUGUUCACGUAUUUCCACGUUAGGUGGUAUAGCCCUGCACUAUUGUACAAUGACUAGAGAUGCAUGCGUUUUUGCUUGUUUGCCGAAUUUGAUUCAGAUUUUUCUUUAGUUUCCUCCGGUUGAAUGAGCUGACCUCUCUUUUAUUAAAAUGAAUCCGGCCGAUCGUGCGAAAUUGAAUGAGCCCAACGAUUAGUUGGCAGAGGGGCCGUUUUUGGUUCAAAGUCAAUGGGAGACAGAGGAAGUGUUGGGAAACUGCAUUGACGUUUCGCGGUCCCAUGAAGUCCCAAAUGAAGGUUACAAAAAGAAGACGGAAAGCAGCGCCCGACUUCCUUAUUCUCUGCGCCAGGUAAAUGUGGCUUGUUUAAGUGUGGAGCUGCUUGAGGACUCACUGGCCGGCAAAUGCAGCGCCAAGAGCCAGCCAACCAGGAUCAAGAAAACAUGAAUGGUGCCGGGGAACAGGCGGACAUCCUGGCACCCAACUGUAUGGUCCGGGACCGAUGGAAAGUGUUGAAGAAGAUUGGAGGAGGUGGUUUUGGGGAGAUCUACGAAUCCGUUGACUUGUUGACGAGAGAGAUCGUGGCCCUGAAAGUGGAAUCCGCCCAACAGCCCAAACAGGUCCUCAAGAUGGAAGUGGCGGUUUUGAAGAAACUGCAAGGAAAAAAUCAUGUCUGUAAAUUUAUUGGAUGUGGGAGAAACGACAAGUUCAACUACGUAGUCAUGCAACUUCAGGGUAGAAACCUUGCAGACCUCAGAAGAAGCCAGCCACGGGGAAUCUUCACCAUGAGCACUACCCUGAGAUUAGGAAAGCAGAUCCUCGAGUCAAUAGAAGCCAUUCAUUCUGUCGGGUUCCUGCACCGGGACAUCAAACCGUCGAACUUUGCAAUGGGACGGUUGCCAUCUACAUACAGGAAGUGUUUUAUGCUGGACUUCGGCCUUGCGAGACAAUACACAAACACAAGUGGAGAAGUCAGACCUCCCAGGCCUAUAGCAGGAUUCCGUGGGACUGUACGCUAUGCCUCAGUAAAUGCCCAUAAAAACAAGGAGAUGGGUCGCCAUGACGACUUAUGGUCCUUGUUUUACAUGCUAGUAGAGUUUGUGGUUGGCCAGCUGCCUUGGCGGAAAAUAAAAGAUAAGGAGCAAGUGGGCCAAAUAAAAGAAAGAUACGAUCAAAAGGUGCUGCUGAAGCACAUGCCCACUGAGUUCUGUACGUUCCUCGAUCAUGUCGUCAGCCUCGAUUACUUCACCAAACCGGAUUACCAGCUUCUAAUGUCGGUAUUUGAUGACAGCAUGAGGGAGCGAAUAAUACUGGAGAACGAGCCGUUCGACUGGGAGAAGGGGGAGUGUGAGGCCCUGCUUUCCACCAGCAUGUCCACCGCGCCGCAGCAGAACACAAGGCAGACGGCCGCCAUGGUGGGGGUUGUCAAUGUGACCCCAAUCCCUGGAGACCUUCAGAGGGAGAACACCGAGGACGUCGUUCAGGACGAGCACCUCAGUGACCAGGACAAUGCCCCGCCCAUGGUGCAUGUCCGUCACGGAGAGAACGGCCAGCUGCCUGCCGAGGGAGAGGCUUGGGAGGACACCGACAUCAACCGCAACAAGCUCAGGGUCAGCAACGGAAAGGGCACCCUCGAGGAGGAAGCUGGCCGAGGGGGCUGUCCCACCUCUCCAGUACGCUUGGCGGCCAGCGAUUCGGCCAAUGCCCGCUCCCCCCUGCACCGGCGGGUUAACAGCCCUGAGACCGAGCACCUCUCCGCGGCUGAGGGACGACCAGAGGGCCACGGGCAAAGGUCCCGUGUGGACGCCCUGCUAUCCCCGUCACGCCAGGUGUACUCCUCCCAACCGGCCCAGAUGCUCUCCGUGGAUGCAGGGCAGGGUGAGCGGCAGGCCAGUGGGCGUCUGGAGGUGUCGGCAGCGGACCACGAGGCGCAUAGCAACGCCUUCAUCCGCUCCGUGCCACUGGCCGAGGAGGAGGACUUUGACAGCAAGGAGUGGGUCAUCAUUGACAAGGAGACCGAGCUCAAGGACUUCCAGCCGGGCGCCGAGCCCACCACCUCCGGCACCACAGACGAGGAGCCCGAGGAGCUGCGGCUUGCUGAGGAGAAUGAGGAGCGCAGGAGGCGCGGCCUGGGCGCCGAGGUGGCCGUGCGCCCCAGGACUCGUGAAUUCCGGGGCCGCGCCAUGCUCACUGUGGCUGAGGAGGACUCGUCCCGCAGGAGCAAUGGCCGCGGGCACUCGGCAUCUGAGGCCAAGCCAGAGGCCCCCCCCGAACAUGCCAGCCAGUCGCCUUGCCACACACUGCCUUCCACCCGCCCCAAGAGGAGGGAGUCCGAUCCGUCUCGGCCUCAGAGACAGCUGGAGGAAGAGAGGCCUCCAUCACAUCACACCACCCCGAGACCCAACCAGCUGAGGCGGCUGGCCUCUUACGUCUUCUCCUCAUCCACCCUGGAGACGGAGCAGUACCCCCACGCGGGGGGCACCUUCAUCCAGCGGAGCCGCUCAGCUGAGAGCAGCCCGGCGCGCAUGACCUCACGGCGGCACGCAGCCCUGGGCGGGGGGUCGUCUCGGCGCAGGCCACUAGGCCUCAACAUGUCCAGGUCACAGUUACAGCAGAUGCUGACCAAGCUGCUGAACAAGAUGUGAGCUGGCGCCUAACAUCCCCCCCCCCCCACAACCUGACCACAUAAUCCUCAAUGAAUCGAAAUAAAUUCUUACUCAUGCAAUAAGUUUGGUUUGUGGUUUGUGUGCCGUAAGUGAGCUUGAAACACGGGCAGGCGUGGCUUGGCGAAGUCAGCUAUGUGCUUGCCUGCUGUGCCGCGGCAUCGAUUGGGUGCUGACUUCUUAAAUGAAAGGGAAUAACUAUGUGAUCCAAGAGACAUUUCCGUUCUUGUAUAGCGUCCUUUUUUAUAAGUAAUGAGAUGUGUGUAACUAGUCUGAACGUGAGUUGGUGCUUGUGUUCAAACAGGGUUGCCAAUGGUGUGCUGAAGUUAGGGUCUAGAUUUUCAGUCCAUCUCCCUCAUUUAUAAAUUCUUAGUUGUGUUAUAAUGUGUUUAUGGACAUUCAUCUCCCCCAAAUACCACAUUUAUGUACGAUACUGAUUUCCUGAAUACACAACUAAAUAUCUAAUACCAAUGUAUAAAAAUAUAUAACAGUUAUGAGCUAAUUAUACAUUGGAGUUGAACACAGAGUAGAUCAGGGCAGAUGAAACUAAGGACAAUUGGCAGCCCUGAGAUGUACAAGAGGAGUGAUGUGAGAGGAGCUGUCAUCGCCUGGACGGCCUAGAGCUUGUAUCCUCAUCACUUCUGUUAGUUAAUGUUUAUUUACCACUGUGUUGCCAUGGUGACGCAGAUAGCUGCGUAAGGCUCUGUCAGCUCACGUGUGACAAUUUGGCAAGACCUACAAGACCUACAAGAACACUGUCAAAGGACAUUGUCAAAACCUACACAUCGCCUACAAUCGCUGCUUUUAUUUAUAUUAUUGACUUUUUUUAUUGUCAACUUUUGUCAUUUACUUUGAGAAAAAUAUGAGCAAAUCCUAAACAACCAAAUGCGACAUUAUUUGGGAUGAGAGUUAUUUGUCAAAAGGCUUUGAGAUAAAAAGUUUAAAUGGGUAAACUAUAUCUUUAUGCAGGAUCUGAUGUUUUUUUUUUGUUUGUUUUUUUUUGCUUGAAACAUUUCUCUUGAAUGUCUUUAAACUUAGCAAAUGUGAAUCUGGUGCUUGGACAGCAGAGCCUGAUCAAUGUUGGGACAGGAGGAGUGGGGUGGAGUGCUUAUGUUUUUCUGCAGGUUGACUAACAGGUAACAUCAUUUGGGCAAAUAUACAAAAAUACAACGCUGUCCAACAAGAGACCCGAAAACUUCUGAUUUCACUCAUUAAUGUAUCAUUUAAACAUAACGUUGAGCCUGCACUUGAGUGGCAGGCAGGAAUGAAUAAGGUACCCAGAUGUCACUCGCUCUGUAAACAGGAUAUAGCUGUCAUGGGCUCCGGAUUUAUUAAUGGUUACAGUGAUAUUACUGUUGUAUAUUAAACUAUCAAAAUGGCGGUUUCAGUUUAAUACAGUGCCCUCUAUCGCACUCUAAUAUCAGGAUUAAUGGAAACAAUUGCUGUUCUGUGAUAGGCAUCUGGAAAAGGUUAAAAUAAUACAAAAAGUAACUCAUUAAAGGAAGCUGUCAUUUGUUGGAAGACUAUAGACUGUAUUAUAUUUCAUUUAUUGUUUGGUCAAAAGAUUCUGAAAAAACACUGGGAAAACACAAUAAACAAACAAACAAAAAAAUAUGAAUAGUUGUCCAGGGAAGCCAUUUGCUGUUUGUACUGAUAGCGUCAGUGCAAAAACUAAUCAGUAGAUCUUGACAUAAAGUCUAUGAACUGCACCUUACAUUGGAAUAUUUAGCCAUUGUAGGAGAUGUUUUGUUCUUUUUUUCGGACAUGUUUUUUUUUCUAGAUCUCUGUUAUUUUAAAAAUGUGUAUGAUGGCAACUGAUAUGUUGUUUUGAGAAGGGCCAUUGGUAUUAUUUAUUGCUGUCAUUUUUCUCUCUCCUUUUAAACCUUUUUUUUUUUCAUUUUUUUACAAUAUUAAGGGCUACACUGACAAAAUUUUAAGAAACGUUUUGUGUAUGUAUAAUCUGGUAACUUUUCCUUGAAGAGUAGCUUCUGUUUCAAUUGUAAAUGAAAUGUAAUACAUUGGUUUUAUCGAUUUGGAAAGAAAAGACCCCAUUUUGUUUUAUAGGUCCCAGAUUUUACCUUAAUUCAAGAUUUGUUUAGGUUUGGAUUUCGCUGUUAUGUAUAGAGCAGAUUGAUUCAUUUGUUGGUUUGCUGCAUUGUUUGUUUUUUAUUUGAAUUGGCAUUGCCAAAAUAAACUGGGCAGCAAUGAAAAAUAAAGGUCAUAAAAGUGAGGUCAGUACACCA